AUGGCGAUGCCUGCGGCACCCGGACCAAUGGGAUCCAUGGGCUCCAUGGGACAAGGAGGUAACAACGGAACUCCGGGUACGCCUGGACAAGACGGACUCCGCGGGCCACCCGGGCCACCCGGACAACCUGGACCUCCUGGUAAUCCUGGAAGCGAUGGAAGGCCCGGAGAGAAUGGAAGCGCAGGAACUCCUGGUUCUGACGGUAACUACUGUCCUUGUCCUCCACGCUCUACCGCAUACGUCACCACUCCCUAUAGAAAGGUGGCCGUCGCUGUCAAGAAGGUUGUUAAGAAGCUGUAA